AUGGCUCCUUACAUAGAUAAGGGAAAGAAGAGAGAGAGAAUAUUGCACCGCAACGGUCCUACUGCUCAAGCGCAGCCUUCAGAGGAGUCAAAACAGAAGAAGGAUAAGCCAAAACGUAAGGACUUCCGCAUCUUUAGUCGUUACUGCGCGCAUCUACCCAUCUCGUGGGAACGCAUUCUUGACCGUGUUGUAAUUAUUGCUGUUAUACAUUGCAUUUACCAUCGCUUACCUGCUGAUACGAUACUACAAACAGGGAAGAUGUCCAAGAAUUUUGCGGCUCGAUCUGCUAUGGCUGCGAAACUGCGUCAGGAACGCCGCAAUCAGCGCCGGCUCGCAAAGCGCGCAGCCUGGAGUUCGAAAGAUGCGGGAACUGACGUUGACGUUGGUAUGAAGGCGGAUGAGGAGGGGAAAGAUGAAGAUCCCAACGACAACGUCGAUAAGGCGAUGAAUAUGUUGGAGGAUAAGAAUAAUAAGGAUAAGGAAAGAAACGGGGAUGAAGGGGAUGGGAGUCGCGGAGCUGGAAGUAGCUGGGAAAUUCCUAUUCGGUAG